AUGACCAUCUCAAUGUCUAAUCAGACUGCUGUCACUGAGUUUAUCCUCCUCGGUUUUCCAGGUCUACAGCCAAUUUUCUUUCUUCCAGUCUCACUUACAAUGUUUGUUGCCUACAUUGUUUCACUGAUUGCAAAUAGCACAGUCAUCAUAUUAAUUAUCCUGAGAGAACAACUCCACCACCCCAUGUAUAUUAUUAUUGCUAACCUCGCUCUCUCUGACCUUCUCUUUGACACAAUAACAUUACCUAAAAUCAUUGCCAAAUAUUGGUUUGGGGCAGGGUCUAUAUCAUUCAACUGGUGCUUCUUCCAGGUGUUCUGUGUUCAUAACCUUGGAAGUCUUGACUCCUUCAUCAUUAUGCUGAUGGCUAUUGAUCGUUAUGUUGCUAUCUGCAAACCUCUCAGGUAUCACUCCAUUAUCAGUAAUAAACUGGUGACUCUCCUCUGCUACUUGUGCUGGGUCAUUGCUUCCAUCAUUGGAUUAGCUAUAACUUUAAAUGCUGUUCAGCUUCCUUACUGUGGACCUAACCGUGUCAAGAGCUGUUUCUGUUCAAACGCAGUAUUAAUAAUUUUGGCAUGUAUCGAUGCUUCCUUGGAAAGAAGAAAAGGUUUUAUUAUUGCUAUAUGUGUGCAUCUCUUCCCAUUGGCUGUUAUUGUUCUCUCAUAUAUUCUCAUAAUCAGGGUUGUGCACUUAUCAGCCAACAAUGGAAACUGGCAGAAGGCAUUUUAUACCUGUACCACUCAUUUAAUUGUCAUUGGCUUGUACUUUAUCCCCAGGUUGUUUUUAUAUAUUAUAAGCCAGGCUCCUGUGACUCUUGAUGCUGAUACAAAUGUCUUAAUUAUUUCUAUUUUUACAUUCAUUCCCCAUUUUGCCAGCCCUAUUACUUUUUGUCUUCGAACUAAAAAAAUUAGAAAUAUUUUGGCGCAAAUGUUCAAGAGCAUAUGUCCUAGAUCAGAGAACAAAUCUGGAACGCUGGUAAAAAGGCAUUGUACUAGUAUUCAGUUUAAUGUUCAUGAAAUGCCAAUGUACAAAAACUCUUUAUAAUGCCCCACUGUGCAGAAUAACCUAAUGCAAUUUAUUUCAUAGAACAUGUAUAGAAGGUUAAAGUGAAUAAAGACUCUAGAAAUGGAUCUGCUGGCUGCAUAACCUUUGC